UUCCAGCUCGACGGAGGAUGAGGCGCAAGGCAACAAGGAGAAGACCAAAAGAAGAAGAAAAAAGUCAAAGUCAAGGUGGAGAAGAUGGACGAGGACCCCGUCGCUGGGGGGAGGAGGAGGAGAGCAGCAUAACCACAGAAGACGUGGCAAUCCCGGUACCUCCUGGCAGAUGGAGACUGGGGGUGCCCUGCCCACGGACCAAAGCCAUUCUCCUGCGCUUUGCCAGCAAUAAGGACAAGAAAGAGGAAGGCGCCGAGAGAAAGUCUGAAUAUUACCGCAAACAUGGAAAUCCCAACUAUGGGGGUAUCAAGGGGCUUUUAAGCGAGAGUGGGCGAAGAAGAAUGCGAGAGGCCCAGAGGAGACGAGAACUGGAGGAGCAGCGGAACAAGCGCAUAGACCUGGACAACCCCAAGAACCCGUGGGGGAUGCUGGCUCAGAACUGGGGUCGUAAGGAGAGCCAGGAGGAGGACAGAAUCGAUUAUCAGGCGCUGUUGCGGAAGCAUACCAAAGUUGUAUCCCAGAAGAGGAAACGCGAUGAUGACAGCGACCAUGAAGAUAUGUUGGGUAAUUAUCAGGAGGAGGAUUCUAAACAAGGAAGUGAUGAUAGUGAUGAUAUAGUUCCGUGGAACAGGAAAAUCAAGAGUCCGAGGAUGAAGAUGUACGCGGACGCAGAGCAGAAGAAGCAGAGCCAGAGGUCGAGCACAGAUCUGCGGAGCCGACUGUCGGGUGGAAAGUUCCGUGGAGGUGUCAGCAUCCAGGACAGACUGCUGGAUGUCCGCAGCCCAGCUAGGGGAGGCAAUGCCAGAAACAAGCUCGAUCUACGUGCAAAGUUAAUGAGCAAGCGGAGACGAGAGCCUGUAUCUGUAGAGGUGGACAAUGACCGUUACUAUCGCUUGAUUGCCAGCGAUGAAGAUUAAGACAUGUAGGCUCUUAUUAUCACUAAUGCAGUGGUUUAAAAA